UAAAUCGUUCUAUCAAAAAAUUAAAUAGUAUAAGAUUUUACUCGUGCAUAGCACGCAAGUUCUUAGCUAGUUUUAAAUAGAACUAGGUUAAUACACUUUAAUAAAUUAACAAACUUUGAUUUUUGAAUAUAUAAAUAUUUUUUUUUAUUAUUAAAUAGAUUUUUUUCCAUAGAAUAGAAACUUGAGACUUCCUUUCUUUUUUUUUUCUUUUUUUUUUGGCCAACAGAAAUUUCCUUUUUUUUCGUUGAAUAUCUUUAAUUUAUUUUUACUUUUUGGGCAAAACCUUUCGUUGAAUAUAUAUACGAAGAAAUUGAUAUACUUGUAUAUUUCCAUCGUGGCGAUUAACUUUGUGAAAGAAUCCAAUCCUAGACGGCAGCGAUUGAUGAAACCAUCGUCGUGAUGGAUCUGUUGUGACGUUGGUAGGAAGAGGAAGAAACUCACGAGUGAAGGAAACUCGAAGAGAUCGUAACCAUCAUCCAUCGUUAACCAUCGUUGCUCACCGAAGUCAAGCUUUUGUCAUCACCGUUCAUCUCUAUUUCAUUGGGUAAGAAUCCAAUCCUGGGCGGCGGCGAUUGAAGAAACCAUAGUCGUGAUGGAUCUUGUAAGGCAAGAAAUUCUGAAGAAACGGAAGAUUCUUGCUGAGGCAUCUGGUGGGAAGAAGUUUUACAAGCGAUCGGAGAUUGAGCAGAAGAAAAUCCAGAAGCUUCGAGAGGAGGAACGACGCGAGAAGGAGGUUAAGUCCCAGCGCAGAGCCGAGGCCGCAUCAGGUAAGGCUUCUUGCAAAUCAUCCGUCUCCAAAGCGGCAGCUAUGGCUGAUUCCAAAACCCUAACCGAAGAGAAGAUCAUCGAAAACCUCAUAGUUCUCACGAAGCAGGAAGUGAUUCGCCGCUUGAGAUUCCUCAAGCAGCCGGUGACUCUCUUCGGAGAAGAUGAUCAUGUGCGGCUCGAUCGACUCAUGUAUGUGUUGAAGGAAGGAUUAUUCGAGGAGGUGGAUAGCGACAUGACUCAAGGAGAGACGAACGAUUUCUUGUGUGACAUCGCUGAGCUCAAGAAGCGGCAGAAGAGUAGUGGUGUAAUGAAUGAUAGGAAGAGGAAGAUUAGAGAUGAAACGAGUGAUGAUGAUGAUGAACUCAGUGGUGCUGAUAAGGAGAAUUUGAAGCGUUUAAAAGAAGCUAAUUUCGAGGAUUUAUGCGACGAGGACAAGAUUCUUGUGUUCUGCAAGAAGUUAUUGCUUGAAUGGAAGCAGGAACUUGAUGCUAUGGAAAACACUGAGAGGAGAACUGCUAUAGGGAAACAGAUGCUAGCCAUUUUUAACCAGUGUGCUAGGUAUCUAACUCCUCUCUUCCACUUAUGCCGGAACAAGUGUUUACCAGCUGACAUUCGUCAAGGUUUAAUGGUGAUGGUUAACUGCUGCAUAAAGCGAGACUACCUCGAUGCAAUGGCUCAAUUCAUCAAACUAGCCAUAGGGAAUGCACCAUGGCCCAUCGGUGUGACUAUGGUUGGUAUUCACGAACGUUCUGCCCGAGAGAAGAUUUCUACCAGCAGUAGUGUUGCUCACAUCAUGAACAACGAAACCACUCGCAAGUAUCUUCAGUCAGUUAAAAGAUUGAUGACUUUUUGUCAACGACGCUAUCCAGCUAUGCCUUCUAAAUCCGUUGAGUUCAAUAGCUUAGCCAACGGAAGUGAUUUACAGUCGUUGCUCGCUGGAGAGAGAUUCUGUGGUGCUGAUCGCCAACGAGUCUCCGAGGAUAGACUCCGAAUCAUGCCUUCUCUCAACGAAAUCUAGCUAGUGUUACAGUUUUUUUCUUGUUUCAGUUUUUCUAAGAUAAUGAUUAAACCAUGUAUCUUCUUUGUAACUUGACCAAACUAUAUUGAUUAAACGAUCUUUCAA